CAUAUAUAUUUAGGAUUACUUUAAGAUGUGGAAAGUAAUACGAUGAUGCUGUUUGAUAAAAUUUCACAACUUUUAUUUAUUCGACAAGAAUAACAAGGUCUGAAUUCAGUCCGGCAUGCAUAUCGAAUUUUGUGAGAUAAGUUCUCAAUUGGAUUGCUGAAUCUAUAUGCAUGAGAGUUUGGAUUGAGAGUGUGAUAUCGGUUAAGAAACUUUGUUAAAUAUUGCAUCAUGGCGUGCCCCAUGAGUGAUGGUGACGAGGCCCAGUUUGGGUGCAACAUGGCUGAAAUUAAUGAUGGUCUCUUGUACGGGGAAUAUCUUCAACUCGACAAAGUUCUGGAUGCGCAGAGGAUGGUGAGCGCGGAGCGGGAUGGCGCUGUGCAUGAUGAACAUUUGUUCAUUAUUACACAUCAAGCAUAUGAACUGUGGUUCAAGCAAAUUCUGUUCGAAGUUGACUCUAUCCGACAACUCUUCACCAAGUCAGAAGUUGAUGAGAGAUGUAUGCUCGAGAUUCUUAAGAGAACACAAAGAUGUGCAUUAAUUUUGAAGUUGCUCGUGGAACAAGUGCAUAUUCUAGAGACGAUGACACCCUUGGACUUUAUGGAGUUUCGCCACUAUCUUUCCCCCGCAUCGGGAUUUCAAUCAUUCCAAUUUCGUCUGAUCGAAAAUAAGCUGGGAAUUAGACAGGAACAACGAGCAAAAUAUAAUAAGGAGCACUACAUCCAAGUUUUUGCGAGUGAGGAGAUUGCAGGUCAUCUCAAGACGAGUGAGGCUGAACCAUCGCUAUGCGAUUUGGUUCAGAGGUGGCUAGAACGUACCCCAGGCCUCGAAGAGUCAGGAUUCAAUUUUUGGGCAAAAUAUGAAUCCGUAGUUAGAUCAUUGCUCGACGGAGAGGCGGAUGUCGCGCAGAAAGAGACAAACGUCUCCGUUCGAGCCGCACUGAUUCACAACGUGGAGAAGAAGAAGGAACAAUUCGAAUCCAUAUUUGACGAGAAGACCCACGACGCCUUGGUGCGUCGUGGAGAGCGACGUUUCUCCCACAAGGCCAUGAGGGGUGCAAUUCUCAUCACUUUUUACAGAGAUGAGCCUCGAUUUAAUCAGCCCCAUCAGUUUCUAGCUUCUCUCAUGGAUAUUGAUGCUCUUAUCACAAAGUGGAGAUAUAACCACGUCCUCCUCGUGCAGAGAAUGAUUGGUUCUCAACAACUUGGGACAGGAGGUUCUUCCGGGUAUCAGUACCUCCGGUCUACGUUGAGCGAUCGCUAUAAAAUUUUCCUGGAUUUGUUCAACCUUUCCACUUUUCUCGUACCAAGGGCAAAUAUGCCCCCACUCACGCCGGAAAUGAAGUACCGACUCUCCCUUUGUGAGGCUGUAGAUGGUGACUAUGAACUCAGGGUUUGUAACGGACAAGUUAAAAGAGAUACGCCAAAAUGAUUACUCAGAAAUUAAAAAUCCUGAAAUCGUGCUAAUUUUAUCAAAAUAUGAAUCCAUGAUUUGAACAGAGUGAAAUAAAAACUAAAAUUCAAUUCAAAUUACUUCAA